AUGGCGUCUUUCUGCAAGUUCGCAUUUGUAGUCAUUCUGCUCUGUACAUGUUUGCUGUAUAUUUCAGCAACAGACGGUACAGGUAAACCUAAGAAAAAGAAGGACAUUCGAGACUACAAUGACGCAGAUAUGGCGCGGCUUCUGGAACAGUGGGAGAAAGAUGAUGAUAUUGAAGAAGGGGACCUUCCUGAGCACAGACGGUCUCCUCCACCCGUUGAUUUCUCCAAGGUGGAUCCCUCCAAGCCAGAGGACCUUCUUAAGAUGUCAAAGAAAGGCAGGACUUUGAUGGUCUUUGCAACUGUGUCUGGAAAUCCCAGUGAGAAGGAGACUGAGGAGAUCACAGGCUUGUGGCAGGGAAGCCUCUUCAAUGCCAACUAUGAUGUUCAGAGGUUUGUAGUGGGCUCAAACAGAGUAAUCUUCAUGCUGCGAGACGGCAGUUUGGCCUGGGAAGUUAAAGACUUCCUUGUGGCUCAACAACGGUGUGCAGAUGUUACAGUGGAGGGACAAGUGUUUCCAGGAAGCAUGGCAAAAAAGGACAAAGCGAAAGAGACGCAUCAGAAUGAAGUCAACAUCAAGAAAAAAGGCAGAAAAACAGAGAGCAAAACGCCAGAUGUGAAUGGAAAUUCUGCUAGCAAUCUCAAGCACGAGCUUUGAAAGUAUUCGAAAUGGGAAGCUCAUGAGCCAUUUCCCAUUUUCUGCUGACCUUGCAAAGAAUGCAAGACAGGUUGAAGGCUAUAUCUGAGAAUCAUGACAGGCAAAGCAAUUGUGCCUUCAUAGUGAUGUUGGCUGUAGGGAAUUGUAUUUGAGCUCUAACCUUGAAAGAAAUCACUCACUGAUUAAUUUUUUUUUCUUACCUUUUGUAACUGCCAAUAAAUAUUGAAAUCAUUUCCAUAAUUUAAUGUUGUUGAGAUAUUUGCUGAACGAGUGUCAUCAGUGAAAACCAGUAAAGGGAACGCACAGUUGUACUUAUUUAGUUUUGAUACAGUGACACUUUAUGUUCUGGGCUCUCAGUGAUUCACUAUAAAUGGCCACAUGCAUUUCUCUUCAUUUAAAACAUAUCCAGAAAAUGGAAAUAAUAUUUUCAAGAACUGAGCAGACUCAGGCUCGUACAAGUUCUUGAUAUGUCUGAAAUUCCAAAAUCUCUUGAAGAAUCCGGUCGCCAAUGAGUUUGACCCUUUCCAGUGUAAAAGGUCCGUGGCCCAUGCCAAGAUGACGGCUGUGCCAAGUGAUGACGUUUGCGUGUUUCUGUGUGCCAGAAACAUGCAUGUGAUAGUAUCUCGAAAUAAUGAGAUAGUAUCUCAUUAUAGUGAGACAGAAUCUCAUUAUAGUGAGACAGAAUCUCAUCAUAAUGAGACAAAUCUCAUUAUAUUGAGACAGAAUCGCAUUAUAAUGAGACUAUCUCAUAGUGAGACAGAAUCUCAUUAUAGUGAGACAGAAUCUCAUAAUAAUGAGACAGAAUCUUCUAAUAAUGAGACAGAAUCUCAUUAUAGUGAGACAGAAUCUCAUAAUAAUGAGACAGAAUCUCAUUAUAGUGAGACAGAAUCUCAUUAUAUUGAGACAGAAUCUCAUUAUAUUGAGACUAUCUCAUAGUGAGACAGUAUCUCAUUACCACUAAUCUUGUAACAAUGGUUGGUUAAAAUCAGUUAUAAAAUGCCCAAACACAAGGAGUUCUAAAGUCCAGCUCAUUUCUGAGUUCUGCCAGAGUUAAAACUGUAUAGUGAUUCUUGUGUAAUGCAUGCGCUCAUGAGAAAAUCUUCUGAAGCUACUUCUCAGGCCUUGGUGUUACAAUAAAGUUAUUAAACUUCACUAGCACCUUCAUGAUGUGCUAAGCUAAUGAAAGAAAAUAUGUAUGCUUGGAAUCUGUUCUAACUACAUAGUUUGGUUACACAAAUGGAAUCGUCCCUAUAAAUCUGUAAGCUGUUUUUCCUCCAGGCUUUUUCUCCUGACUGUUCAGCAGUAACUUCAAAUGCUGUAGAGCUUUUGAAUAAAUACUGAUUAGGAAUAUA